UAACCAAUAACUGACUAAUUUUAAAAGGAAAAAAGAACCUUGGAAACAUUGACCCCAACAGGUGCCGAGACUUUAGAAAUCCCACGUCAAGAUGGGGUGCAGAUGAAAAAAACUUUUUCUUGCCUGAGCCAGACUAGCUCCAGUGACCCUAUACUGGGCCUUUUAAUUUGGAUUCUGUGGCAUUUUGUAAUCGUGUAUCUGAUCUAGUACCUUCCACACCCUAAUUUAUAAAAACAAAAAAAGGAAGAAAGAAAGAGAAAGAAAGAAAGAAAGAAAGGAAGGAAGAAAGAAAGAAAGAAAGAAAGAAAGAAAGAAAGAAAGAAAGAAAGAAAGAAAGAAAGAAAAAGAAAGAAAGAAGAAAGAAAGAAAGAAGAAGAAAAAGGAAGAUGACAACCCUCUUGCCCGUCAGACUAGCACCUCACAGGUAGAUGGCAAUCACGUUGCAGGGGGAGAAGGUGGAGACGCUCAACCCGUUCACGUCACAGAGCAGAAGAUCUUCACAGCCCCAUGGGUUCUGUAAGCACAUGAUGGGGACAUCUGGGAACUCUGACAUGUUUUGCCUCCUCUUUUUUGGUGGCUAUAACCCUGAUUUCGGUCUACUGGAAGCAAAAUUUUUAAAAAACGUUAACCUUCGGAGUCAGAUAAAUCAAGACUGUCAGCAACAUUCUUGGGCAAGCCACUCAACCUCUCCGUGCCUCAGUUUCCUCUUCGGUAGCCUGGGCCCAUCAUAGACUCUUCUUUAUUGGGGACUGUGCUAAGUGCUUUCCAAGCAUCCUCUUAAUUGACCAACAGCCUCAGGAUGGCCAUUCCAGCAUCACAUAACUCACUUGGAAGGAAGCAGGACUCAAGCCCAGCCCACCUCCCUGCAAAGCCUGUGCUCAUCUCUGUUGGUCCAUCCUGGGGGGAGCAUCAGACAUUCAUUCUUCCCAGGGCUCUUAACCUUGGCCAAACAUUAAGAACAUCUGAGGAUUGCUAGCAAUGCAUCCACGCCUGAGCCUCACCACAAACUAAAUGGAUCUGGCUCUUCGAAGGAGGGGGAUCGCAGUCAAAUCAGGAAGGAGCUCAAAAGAGGCCACAGGAAUCUGACGGGCAGACUGGACAAACAGGCGGGGCCAAUAUCACCGAAAAGGCCAAGUGGCUUCAGGGAAGCUCUUGAGAGACCAGCCCUACCACGGAGGGAGGCCUGGGAGUCCAGCCAGUGGGAAGCCCACGGGCAUGAUGCGGCUCGAAUUAUGCUCCUAAGCGGCCGUGAGCUCAGAAGCUCUCCCAGAGGCGCCAAGGGCUGAGCGCGGCGGGACCAGAGGCGGUGAGGACCCACCGAGAAUGCAGCCCUAUCUGCAAGCCAGGAGGAGAGUUCUCACCAGAACCCAACCCUGCUGGAAACUUGAUCUCAGACUUCCAGCCUCCAGAGCGGAACAAGGAAACCCAGUCCAAAUUUUGAAAAAUAAACCAUGAAGUGCAGUGAAAAGGACUCAGCAGAUUCCAAAGAAAGUGAUUUGGCGAGAAAGAAAUUGGACUGGUCCUGCUCGCUCAUCGUGGCCUCUCUCGUGGGCGCCUUCGGCUCCUCCUUCCUCUACGGGUACAACCUGUCGGUGGUGAAUGCCCCCGCUCAGUACAUCAAGUCCUUCUACAAUGAAUCAUGGGAAAGAAGACAAGGGCAUACAAUAGACCCGGAUACUCUGACUCUGCUCUGGUCUGUGACGGUGUCCAUAUUCGCCAUUGGUGGACUCGUGGGGACUUUAAUGGUGAAGCUGAUCGGAAAAGUUCUUGGGAGGAAGUACACUCUGCUGGUCAACAAUGGGUUUGCGAUUUCGGCUGCAUUGCUGAUGGCCUGUUCCCUGCAGGCAGGAGCCUUUGAAAUGCUCAUUGUGGGACGCUUCAUCAUGGGCGUGGAUGGAGGCAUCGCCCUCAGUGCACUCCCCAUGUACCUGAACGAGAUCUCGCCCAAGGAGAUCCGUGGCUCUCUGGGGCAGGUGACCGCCAUCUUCAUCUGCAUUGGCGUGUUUGCCGGGCAAGUGAUGGGCCUGCCUGAGCUGCUGGGAAAGGAGAGCACCUGGCCAUACCUGUUUGGAAUGAUUGCUGUCCCCGCCUUUGUGCAGCUGGUGAGCCUGCCCUUUCUCCCUGAGAGCCCGCGCUACCUGCUCUUUGAGAAGCAUGACCAGGCAGGAGCCGAGAAAGCCUUCCAGACUUUCCUGGGCAAAGAGGAUGUCUCCCGAGAGGUGGAGGAGGUCCUGAUGGAGAGCCGCGUGCAGAGGAAUGUCCAGCUGGUGUCCGUGCUGGAGCUGCUCCGGAGUCCCCUCGUGCGCUGGCAAGUCUUCACUGUGGUCGUCACCAUGGCCUGCUACCAGCUCUGCGGUCUCAAUGCGAUUUGGUUCUACACCAAUAGCAUCUUUGAAAAAGCUGGGAUCUCACCAGAAAAGAUCCCAUACAUCACCUUGAGCACCGGUGGCAUCGAGACUUUGGCCGCUAUCUUCUCUGGCUUGGUCAUCGAGCGCCUGGGACGGAGACCCCUCCUCAUGGGUGGCUUUGGGCUGAUGGCCCUCUUCUUUGGGAUCCUCACCAUCACACUAACGCUGCAGGACCACGCCCCCUGGAUCCCGUACCUGAGUAUCGUGUGCAUCCUGGCCAUCAUUGCCUCAUUCUGCAGCGGGCCAGGGGGCAUCCCAUUCAUCCUGACUGGCGAGUUCUUCCAGCAAUCCCAGCGGCCGGCAGCCUUCAUCAUUGCGGGCACGGUCAACUGGCUCUCCAACUUCGCUGUUGGCCUCCUCUUCCCGUUCAUUCAGAAAAGUCUGGACACCUACUGUUUCCUGGUCUUUGCCGCAAUCUGCCUCACAGGUGCCGUCUAUUUCUAUUUUGUCCUGCCUGAGACGAAAAACAGAACCCAGGCAGAAAUCAGCCAGGCAUUCGCCAAAAGGAAGAAGGCAUGCCCGCCGGAGAACACGGACUCAACUGCAUCUGACACCAAGGUGACCAGAAAGCCCGAGCCAGACCCUGCCUCCACUCUGGACAAUUAUGUCAAAAACGGGGUUGUCUAAAUGGAUGAUCUCACCAUUUCAGGAAACCAAAGAUUUCCCUACAUGGUUAAUAGUAUUAAGUAUUUAAAAAUAAACCUUUGCUAAUCUAA